AAGAGAGAAGACAGUCCCAUCUCUCCAUUCCUUGUCUGCUCAGUGUCCGAGGCUGAACACUUCAUUAUUUUAUUCUUCUCUCCAUAUCUGGAAUUUAUUUCGACUUAAAGGUUUCCAUGCAGGGACACACAGAAGGACACUAAUACUGGACCCAACAGGACAAUGGUUCCGGUUAAACUCCUCGUUCUUGGAGCGCAGAACACUGGGAAAACAGCACUUUGUGUCCGUUUCAUAACCAAGCGCUUCAUUGGUGAAUACGACCACAAAAAGGAGGUGACCUAUAGAUGUAGUCGGGUGGUCGACCAGGAGGCUGUCGAUCUAGAGAUUUUGGAUAUAGCUUGUAAGGAGAGCUCCGUGGCUUCUCUGGAAUCUUCCAUCCGCUGGGCAGAUGGUUUCCUGCUGCUCUACUCCAUCACGCAGCGCCUCAGCUUCCUGGAGGUCCCUCAACUCAAGAAACUCAUCGACCAGACCAAACAGAGCCUGGUUUUUCCGACAGUGCUGAUAGCCAAUAAGGCAGACUUGGAAAUCGGCAGGGAGGUGACAACAGAAGAAGGACAAAGGCUGGCCAAGGAGUUAAGUUGCACCUUUAAGGAGCUGUCCGUGGCAGAAGCUGUCCUAGCUGUGGAGGCUGCAGUGUUUCAGCUCAUCAGGCUGGUGUUGGAUCAGCAGCGUCCUCUGCCCGACCGUCGCUCCUACAUGCUGACUGUCCGCCACGCUCUGACCAGGAAACUGACCCGUUCGAAGACCAUGCAGUGGUGAUCACAGUGAAACUGUGUGUUGCAGGCUGAUUUAUAUACAGAUAUGUUGAAAUCUUUUCUCAUUCUGCAAGUGUGGAGGAAGCUCCACAUGUCUGACUGCUACAGUACUGCACGUGGGACCUGUUUUAGAGUUUUAGUACAGCACUGAAGCCUCAGGCUGGCUGCAUUGUGCAGGAAAAAGAGUACAAUGUCACAAAAAUGACCAUGGAUGAGUUAAUCAGAGGAGAAAACUCACUCUCAACAUGCAUCUGUUUAAUCCAGGUGUGUGAGGAGAGCUGUCAUCAUGACCCUACACACUCCUCUGCCUAAAACUGUUCAGGGACUAGAAGAAGAAGAUUCACUUCAUUGAUUCCUUACCUGAUAUAUAACCACACACCCCAAAAAAAGAUCCUGCAAAUGUGCAGAGAUGGUUGAAGGCCACGUUAGCGGCACCCUGGGAGUAGUUAGGGGUUUGGUACCUUGCCUCAGGAGCAGGUGAGCUGGCACCUCUCCAGCUCCCAGUUCAUGCACCAUACUGUGGUCCAGAACAACUCAUUUAGUUCUGGCUUUAGUUUGUCGACAAUCGCAGUCUGCUUUACGACCUAACAGAACAAUAACAGACAGAAAUGCAUCCUCAUUCCUGCUUUCAGUGUUGAAUAUCAUUAAAGGGUUGAUACUGCUGUGAGCUGCUUGCCACAAAAUGUUAUUUUAUUUCAUUUUAUUCUCCAUCACAUCAAAUUUUCCAUGUGUAAUGUGUCCUAUUUUCCCGUAGAGGGCGGUGCAGUCAUUUGAUCUAAUUCACCCCGCAGUCCCACAGCAUGUCAAAUACACUUUACUAUACUUGGUUAAAAGGUAUAUAAACAGCCUGUCUAGUUUGGUGUGGAAGAAGUUGCACAGAGACCAGACUCCAGCCCCAUCGAACACCUGCGGGACAUGUUAGACCGCUGACUGCGAGCCAGGUCGUCCAUGAGGUCCAUGUGGAAGGACCUCCUGGAGCAGUGGAGGCUGUGGCAGCAGCAGAUUUAAUGCCCAUGGGUUUUGAAUUGAAGGCUUCAAAGUUCAUGUAGAAUCUGACCGGUCAGUCCAUCAGUCGGUGGGUCAAACAGUGAAACUUGUUGUAGGAGUGUGUAGAUGAUGUAACAAUGUGUAAAGAAUGAGGCUGGCUUUGAUUACAGUCUUGGCAUUAUUUCCUCUCUUGGUCUCUGUAUUCCUUUUCCAUGUAUCUCUCUCUCCUCAUCGCUCACUCUGAACUCCUGAACUUCAUGAUCAGGAAGAAGAAAAAACAAAACAGAAGAGACAGGAAAAAGCAACUCAGCGAGUAGCAGAAAAUAAGACAGACUAUAACGGAAGGAAAACACUGGGCUCCUUUUGGCAUCUUAUUUGUCUGUCAGGAGCAGAGAAAGGAAAGAAGAGCUGCUCGGUUGCAGCCACACUUCAGUCUGACUGAACCAUUUAUACAUCUCCAGCCACUCGUAAAAGCAUUAUGGGAAAAUUGACUGUGUGCUUACUCUCCAUCCCACCACUCUGUCCACCCCCACGACAGUUUACUACACAUGGACUACUCCACCCAGCUACCACCGACCACAGAACCCAGCUGAGCUUCAUGCCCAAACACAGAGGAUGAAAAUGUGCAGAUAGUUAUAGAUUUUCAUUUCUGACACUAUUUACGGUCUGCAUUUCUUUUAAGCACAAGCCUUUCAACGUAUUUAUGACCUGUGAUCUCGAUAUAUUAGUUUUCUUUGUUAUCCACCUUUCCCACGCAGGAUUCAAAGUGGAAAUGAUGCAUGCACGUGCUCCUAAUAGAGGAGAGCCAACGCUGGGGGCAUCUGGAAGACAAAGAAAUCUCUAAGACCACAAUUUGUUUCGUCUGUUGCUUUUGUUUUUUGACAGAGUAGCUGCUCAAAGGCAUGCACAUGUCAUCUUGAACACAUGUGGGGAGACCUGCUGUUACUGUUAGUCACCACAGGGGUCGCCAAAUGACAGAAAUAUUUAAGAUUGUAAAGUUAAUUUAAAGGUCCGGUGUGUAAUUUAUUU